GAAGUUAGAAAAUAAAACAUAUGCAUGUAUAGACAUGCUGCUUAACUAUACUCACAAACACUGCAGAUCCGGACUCUCACGCUUAAUCAUGUCCAGUGUCCCACACCAGCCUCAUCACGUCACCUUGCAGAAGCAAUCUGCUCUAUGCCAAAGCUGACUAAUCUGAAACUUGAAAGGGAUCUCACUCAGGAGUUCUACUCUACAUUGAAAGAAAAGGCAUCAUCCAUUGAGAUCCAGACUCUCAAGCUUGAUCAUAUCGAGUGUCCCACACCAGCCUCAUCACAUCACCUUGCAGAAGCAGUGUCUUCUAUGCCAAACCUGACUGACCUGACACUCUAUGCAGGGGAUUUCAAUGAGGAUUUCUACUCUACAUUGACAGCAAAGGCAUCAUCCAUACAGGUCCAGACUCUCCAGAUUGAACGCAUCCAUUGUCCCACACCAGCCUCAUCACAUCACCUUGCAGAGGCUCUGUGUUCUAUGCCAAACCUGACUAACUUGUCACUCUCUGGAGAGGAUCUCACUGAGGAUCUGUGCUAUACUUUGAAAGCAAAUGCAUCAUCCAUACAGCUUGCACGCAUCAAGUGUCCCACACCAGCCUCAUCACAUCACUUUGCAGAGGCUCUGUGUUCUAUGCCAAACCUGACUUACCUGACACUCUUAGGAGGGGAUCUCAAUGAGGAGCUCUGCUAUACUUUGAAAGCAAAGGCAUCAUCCCUACAGGUCCAGUCUCUCGAGCUUGACGGUCUCCUGUGUCCCACACCAGCCUCAUCACAACACCUUGCAGAGGCAAUGUGUUCUAUGCCAAACCUAACUGAACUGGAACUCUAUGGAGGGGAUCUCACUGAGGAUUUCAACUCUACUUUGAAAGCAAUGGCAUCAUCCAUACAGGGUUGUUUUCCUCAGAUCAGGAAAGGAAACUUCACGUUCAAUGAACAAGCUCAAGAUGACUUGGACUCAUUUCUUCAGACCCUCACAUGUUCGGAAAGCUUUGAUGAAUCGGACGGCUCAAAUGACUCGUAUGUCUCGGCCAACUCAGGCAACUCAAAUGACUCGGACAACUCGGCUGACUUGGACAACUCACAUGACUUGUAUGUCUUGGCCAGCUCGGGCAACUCAAAUGACUCGGAUUGUUCGGCUGACUCGGGCAAGUCACAUGACUUCCAGUUCUGCUCUGUUGUGUAACCCUCCAGUCUCUUGAUAUCAUUAACCUUCCAUGUCUAGAAAUUUACAAGCAGUACUGGUAGAGAUCAAGACUUUGAUGUUGGCAAUACAUCAGAUAUUCUAUGUCAAUUCUCUCAGACAUACAGAGAAGGUAGCAACAGUCAGACCACGCCUACAAGAAGCAAGCUCCUUCUACUCAGUCAAGAGUUCCACAGGAUGAUCCUAAAAUUCCAGAGAAGCGAUCAAAGUAUGAAGUCUAGUUGCUAUCCCUUAACCUCCAAAAAAACAAAUAUAUGUUAUUUAGUAAUUCUAUUGACACACUGCCCAAGAAUAUCAUUUUUGACGAUACCCCCUUGGAAGUUGUUUCAUUCAUUAUAUUUUUAGGCAUAACUGUUGAUAACAAACUUUCGUGGAAAUACCAUGUAGAUAAUACAUGUAAGAUCAUUUCACGGAA